AUCUCAUCAGGAUGCACAUGGGGUCUUUGUGAUGGCCCUUUAUCUUUCCACUGACCAUGUCUGACAUGAUAGUUUGGCGACCAGAAGAUGAUCCAAACAUCAGACCUCUGCUUCAAGAGGGCCAGGUAUACAGACCAGACAUACUCAACGUGAUCCUACGCUCACGUAUAUUCGAAAGACCAUCCAGAGCUGAGGUUCGAAGAAAAAUAUGCCCAUGACACAUACACUACGUGAAUGGAAAAACAUGGUUUCACAGUUACCAAAAAAUAUCAUCUUGAGACUGCCUGGGUGGCUACAUACACUCAUGGACAGGGAGGGCACGUUCUAGGUAUCAACUCUGAGAUGGAUGCGCUCCCUGGAAUCGGACACGCUUGUGGACACAACCUUAUUGGGAUAUCCGGAGUAGCGGUAGCCCUCGCAGCUAAGGCUGCUAUGGAGAGGCUGAACAUCAAUGGAAAGGUGGUUCUGCUGGGUACACUUGCCGAGGAAGGUGGCUUUGGCAAGAUCAUGCUGUAUGAAAAGGGGGCAUAUGACGAGAUGGAUGCGUGUCUCAUGUUAGCUCUUUUACCAGUGAUCCAUAUCAGAUGACCAGCAUUACUUAACCUACUUUGGAGGUGCCAUCCCACACCUGGCCCCCGCCACUCCAUUAGUUUGACUAGCUGCUUCUCUUUUUCUCUCACCACUGUAGAGUAUCAAGGUCAUACUGCUCACGCUGGGUUGAACCCUUGGGAGGGACAAAAUGCACUUGAUGCGGCUGUCCUAGCAUACAAUAACAUCUCUCUUCUUCGUCAGCAGAUUAAACCUACUCAUCGCGUGCACG